AUGGGGAAGGGCAGUGUGGCCUCAGCUUUUCAGUGUGUUCUUAUAGUAGUUGUUGUUGUUUGCUUGUGUAACAAAGCCGUUAAUGGCGGUUAUAUGAAGUACAACACUAGCAGUGGUUUGGUGGAAGGCAAACUGAAUGUUCAUUUGGUUGCGCAUUCCCAUGAUGAUGUUGGAUGGUUGAAGACUGUUGAUCAGUACUAUGUUGGAUCAAACAACAGCAUUCAGGCUGCAUGUAUUGAGAACGUGUUGGACUCAGUUGUGGAAUCGUUGUUUCGUGAUCCAAAUAGGAAGUUUGUGUUUGCUGAGAUGGCAUUUUUCCAAAGAUGGUGGUUAACACAAAGUGAGGAAAUGCAAGAACGAGUGCGAAAGCUAGUAGAAGCUGGGCAGCUAGAGUUUGUAAAUGGUGGUUGGUGCAUGCAUGAUGAAGCAACAUGCCAUUACAUAGACAUGAUUGAUCAGACGACACUAGGUCACCGAGCAAUCAAGGAGCAGUUCAACAAGGCGCCACGAGCAGGAUGGCAAAUCGAUCCAUUUGGACACUCGGCUGUGCAGGCUUACUUGCUUGGAGCUGAGCUUGGAUUUGAUUCUGUACAUUUUGCAAGGAUUGAUUAUCAGGACAGAGAAAAGCGAAAGAAAGACAAGUCUCUUGAAGUUAUCUGGCAAGGAUCCAGAACGCUUGGUUCUUCAUCUCAGAUUUUCGCCAAUGCCUUUCCUGUUCACUAUGGUCCACCUCCGGGUUUCCGUUUUGAGAUCAAUGGUGACUUCAUCCCAAUUCAGGAUAAUCCUCUUCUCUUUGACUCCAAUAUUGAGGAGCGUGUUAAUGAUUUUGUUAAUGCUGCAGCUACACAGGCUAAUGUGACUAGGACAAACCACAUUAUGUGGAAGAUGGGUGGUGAUUUCGAGUACCAAUAUGCUGAGUCUUGGUUCAAAGAGAUGGAUAAAUUAAUUCACUAUGUUAAUAAGGAUGGUCGAGUUAAUGCACUUUACUCUACCCCAUCAAUCUAUACUGAUGCGAAAAAUGCAGCAAAUCAGUCAUGGCCGCUGAAGAACGAUGAUUAUUUUCCUUAUGCAGAUGCGGUCCACUCUUAUUGGACUGGCUUUUUUACUAGUCGCCCCAGUUUGAAGCGAUAUGUAAGAAUGCUGAGUGGUUACUACUUGGCAGCAAGGCAACUAGAAUAUCUGGUGGGGAAAAAGUCAACUGGUCCAAAUACUUUUAGCCUCGGAGAUGCCUUAGGAAUCACGCAGCACCAUGAUGCUGUAUCCGGCACUUCUAAGGAACACACAACAAGUGACUAUGCAAAGCGCCUGUCUAUUGGUGCCUCUGAGGCAGAAGCUGUUGUCAGUGCUGCUCUAUCAUGCCUAACCGCAGGUGAAUCAGGAGAGCAAUGUAAGGACCUGGCAUUGACUUUUAGCCAGUGUCGAUUACUCAAUAUCAGUUAUUGCCCUCCAACUGAGGAAGAGAUUCCAGAAGGAAAUAGUUUGGUUAUAGUGGCUUAUAAUCCUCUUGGAUGGAAUAGAACUGAGAUUGUUAGAAUACCUGUUAAUGAUGCCAAUCUUGCUGUCCAAGAUUCCCACGGAAAUUCUAUUGAGGCACAGUUCAUAAGUUUGGAUAACGUUACAAUAAAUAUAAGAAAUUUCUAUACAAACGCCUACUUGGGAGUGUCAUCAAAACAAGUCCCCAAGUUCUGGCUGAUCUUUCAAGUCUCAGUGCCGCCGCUUGGUUGGAACACAUACUUCAUUUCUAGACGAGCUACCAAAGAAAACAAUACAAAUGGAUUUUUCUCUGUGAUGGAUAGUCCACAGAAUGAGACCAUUGAAGUUGGACCUGGAGACCUGAAGAUGUCAUUUUCUGUUGCUUCUGGACAACUCAAACGGAUGUAUAAUCCCAAGACAGGAGUUGAUGUACCAAUUCAGCAGAGCUUCCUCUGGUAUAAUUCAAGCUCAGAAUUUCCAGGUUCUGGUGCAUACCUGUUUCGCCCUAGUGAGUCUGUUCCAAAAAAUGUGUCAAGAUCAGUACACUUGAAGGUCUUUCGUGGACCACUAGUCGAUGAGAUUCACCAAGAGUUCAGUUCAUGGAUCUAUCAGGUCACUAAACUUUACAGAGACAAACAGCAUGCAGAAGUUGAGUUCACUAUCGGUCCAAUUCCAACAGAAGAUUAUAAUGGAAGAGAGGUCAUCACUAGAAUGACAACUAAUAUGACCACAGACAAGGUGUUCUACACUGAUUCAAACGGAAGGGAUUUCAUAAAACGGGUUCGAGAUUAUAGAGCAGACUGGUCCCUUUCGGUUAAUGAACCAGUGGCAGGAAACUAUUAUCCAUUAAAUCUUGGCAUGUUUACCUCAGAUAAGAAAUAUGAGUUCUCGGUCUUGGUAGAUCGUGCCACUGGAGGAGCUAGCAUUAAAGAUGGAGAAGUGGAGCUCAUGCUUCAUAGGCGUGUGCUCUUCGAUGAUGCUAAGGGAGUGGAGGAAGCCCUUGAUGAAAUAGUGUGCAUCGAUCACAGUAGUAUAUGUAAAGGACUAACGGUUCGAGGGAAUUAUUAUAUGAACAUCAACAAACCAGGGGAAGGUGCUCGUUGGCGCAGGAAAACUGGCCAAGAAAUCUACUCUCCACUUGUUUUGGCUUUCACGCAUGAGAACUUGGAGAAUUGGACUGCAUCACAUUUGUCAAAAGCAUCUACAAUGGAUUCGAAUUACAGCUUGCCGCAAAAUGUAGCGCUGAUUACUCUUCAGGAGUUGGAUGAUGGAAGUGUACUUGUCCGUGUAGCACAUCUGUAUGAGGCAGCUGAAGUCCCCGAGUACUCGACAUUGACCAAAGUUGAACUGAAGAAGAUGUUUACAGGAAAAAUGAUCAAGGAAGUGAAGGAGGUGAGCUUGUCAGCAAACCAAGACAAGUCAGAGAUGAAGAGGAUGGAAUGGAAAGUUGAAGGCAAUAAUAACACAGAGCCUAUCCCAGUUAGAGGUGGACCUGUAAAUAAUUCAACUCUUGUUUUUGAGCUUGGACCCAUGGAGAUACGAACUUUCUUGUUGAAGUUUUAG